AUGGGAUGGAAUAGUUGGAAUUAUUAUCAUACUCGAAUAAAUGAAAACUUGAUCAAGAAAACUGCCGAUUCAUUAACCGACAAUGGACUAUAUCAAGUUGGCUAUAAAUACUUGAAUAUGGACGAUUGCUGGGAAGGAAAAAGGGACGAGAAUGGUUUUAUUACUUCUAAUAAUAUCACUUUUCCAAGUGGCAUAAAAGGUGAACCAAUAAACCAAUCACUCGAUUACGAUGCUGGUUAUUUAACUUGUGCGAAACGUCCUGGGAGUCUCGGGUACGAGUAUAAGGAUGCCCAAACAUUUGCUUCGUGGGAUGUUGACUAUUUGAAAUAUGAUAAUUGUAAUAACGACGGCACUCCUGAAUUGCAAAGAUACACUUGCGAAUUAUUUCUAUUGCUAGAAAAGAUGAACCUAUUUCGUUUGUAUACAGCAUGCAGUUUUACAUCAGCAGGAUUUGUUAACGCACUGAUUUACUGUAUAACACGUAAUCUUGUAUCGUUGCGGGGUGUACGGGGAAUUGUGCCAAAAAUUCGUAAACGUGUAACAAUAAUAUCAUUGUCAACAGUAACAUCAGCAACAACAUCAUUUUCAACAUCAAUUAAAGACGAAAAUCAAGAAGAUGGAGAUCACAAUAUUGAUGUGAUAAGUAAAAUUGAAGAUGUCGAAUUAAAAUCAAAUUCACCUCCAUCGAAAGGAAAGAUUUAUUCUAAGAAUAGCAAUAUUGAUAUAGAUCCAAAUCACAGAUCAGAUGAUCACAAUAUUGAUAUAAUAAGUAAAAUUGAAGACGUCGAAUUAAAAUCAAAUUCACCUCCAUCGAAAGGAAAGAUUGAUUCUGAAAAUAGCAAUAUAGAUCCAAAUCAUAGAUCAGAUGAUCACAAUAUUGGUGUAAUAAGUAAAAUCGAAGAUGUCGAAUUAAAAUCAAAUUCACCUCCAUCAAAAGGAAAGAUUGAUGAAAAUAGCAAUAGCAAUAUGGAUCCAAAUCAUAGAUCAGAUGAUCACAAUAUUGGUGUAAUAAGUAAAGUCGAAGAUGUCGAUUUAAAAUCAAAUUCACUUCCAUCAAAAGGAAAGAUUGAUUCUGAGAAUAGCAAUAUAGAUCCAAAAAAUUCUAGAUCAGAUGGUGAUUGCUCGGAUAGAUCAAAUUCACCUAAUUCAUUUAUUAACAUUGUGAAAUAA